UUGUUAAUAUUUUUAUUUUAUUUGAUUGUUUUUUUCCAACAAAAAGAAAAAGAAGCAUAGUUGUAAGGGAACAAAAGAGAGUAACAAAGACAAUAGAGGCUGGUCCAGUCCUUUUCUUUCUGUUCCCUCUUCUUUAAUUCUUUUUUGUCUCCCAGUUGUCACCUCUCUCUCUCUCUCUCUCUCUCUGAUAAAACAUUGUUACAUGUUUGAUUCAAGAGCUGAAAUAUACCAUUUCUGAUCAUUUGAAAACAUGGAACAACUUGUCAAGUUCAUCAUUCGUCCACCAAGAGCUGAAUAUGAUCCAAAAAGUGAUCUAUUGGAUUAUGAGUUCAUGCUAAAAGGGAAAUGGUUUCAACGGAAGGAUGUCGAGAUAAAAAACAGCCGUGGUGAUGUUCUUCAAUGCAGUCAUUACAUGCCUAUAGUUAGUCCUGAUGGAAAGCCGCUACCGUGUGUGAUAUAUUGCCAUGGAAACAGUGGAUGCAGGGUAGAUGCCAGUGAAGCUGCAAUGGUUUUACUUCCUUCAAAUAUUACAGUUUUUGCUCUUGAUUUCUCAGGAUCAGGAAUUUCUGGAGGGGAACAUGUUACUCUUGGUUGGAAUGAAAAGGACGACUUGAAGGCUGUGGUAAAUUAUCUGAGGGCGGAUGAAAAUGUAUCCCUUAUUGGCUUAUGGGGACGCUCAAUGGGCGCUGUGACUAGCCUUAUGUAUGGUGCUGAAGAUCCUUCAAUUGCAGGGAUGGUUUUAGACAGUCCCUUCUCUGAUUUGGUUGAUUUGAUGAUGGAACUCGUAGAUACAUACAGAUUCCGUCUACCAAAAUUCACUGUGAAGUUUGCAAUUCAAUACAUGCGAAGAACAAUCCAAAAGAAGGCAAAAUUCGAUAUAAUGGACUUGAACACCAUUAAGGCAGCAAAAUCUUGUUUUGUUCCUGCUCUACUAGGGCAUGGCAUUGAUGAUGAUUUCAUACGUCCUCAUCACUCAGAUCGCAUACUCGAGGCUUACAUGGGAGACAGAAACAUAAUUAAAUUUGAUGGAGAUCACAACUCGCCACGUCCUCAGUUUUAUUUUGAUUCCAUAAACAUAUUUUUCAACAAUGUUCUCCAACCUCCAGAAGAUGAUCUUGGGGAAUCUUUUUUUGACUUUACUAAUGAUGAUUACUUUGGUAAGGAUGUUUGGCGAUCUGUGCAUGAGUUAAGUUAUAACAAUGAACCAUCAUCUGAAAACAAAGUUGCAGAACCAUCAACAAGCACUGUGGAUGCCAUUAAGCAAUUCCAUUCAAAAAGGCCAAUGAGUAGGAUGGAGGAAGAGAAAUGUGACGACUUUUCCUCAUCAUCAUCAACAAUGCUUAGCUUUGAACUAUCAAAUGGUCGUCUCUAUGAUCCCCGCGUUCCUACCACGUUGGAUGAUGAUCAGUAUGUAGAAUAUCAACUUGAUGACCUUAAUGGCAUUCCAUCUAAUGCAGAGGAAGAACAUAGAAUGUUGAUGGAAGCAGUGAUAGAGUCUCUGAUAGAACAACCUGCCGUUAGUGGCAUCAGCACCGUGUCUGUAGAACCAUUAGAUAAAGAUAACUCAAAUACUUCACAUGAGAUUUCCAAACCUAUGGAGACAGAAUCCUCUUUAGUCAAACACAGCAUGCAUUCAACAGCACAAACCACUUCUGCAGCAUCUGAUAUAUGUGAGCCCUCGAAAGCCGAGUCGAACUCCAUUGCAGUGCUUCAUUCCCCAAAGCUGGCAUAUGAUCAACCAAGUUCACUACCAUGCCUUUCACCACCAUCACUGGACACUUCAUCUGGCAAUAUGACGAAUUGUUCUUCUUCGCAUAGUGAUAGUUCUUCUAGCUCAAAAUGUUCAUCAGAGAUUGACAUAUCGCAUAAUACCAAAGCCACAUUAACUGUCAUUAAAAAUCCAGCAGGCCAUGUCAUGAACGGCUUAAUGCGUCGUUGGGAUUUCAACUUUUUUAGAAACAAGUUGCAACUGCUAAAGUAGUUUAGUCUCAUUUAUCUACAGGAGGUUAUAGUUAUACAUUGUUUUUGUCACUAUAAAGAGAAAAGUUUGUAGUUCAUAAAUACUUGACAAAAGAUACAAAUUUCUUGUUUGUAAGUUUGGCAGAUUGCAUUAUCAUCUAACAGAUUUUUUGAGUGUAAGAGAGGAUUAUUGUGUUUUUACUUUUUACACCUUACAAGAACAAAGGUUUCUGAAUUUCUUCUUUAUUACCUCAUGCUUAUGCAUGAUGUUGUUAUAGUCUUCCUUGGAUGCAAUUUUAUUUUGCCUCUUGUUUCC